ACGAAGCUCAACCGAUGGGUGGUCAAUUUUUCUAACCUCAAAAAUUGCGAGUUUGUCGAGUCAUUACACUUUAGUUUAUUUUGUGCAUUUUUCGGUGAUUUUCUGCCCAAUAAUUCUCAAAAAUAGUACAGAGUGCUGAGAAAACUCCCUAAAAGUAUUCCAGAAUGGAUCGUUUGCUUCGUUUGGGUGGCGCAAUGCCGGGAUUGACGCAAGCUGCUCCCCCCACGGAUGCCCCUGUUGUGGACACUGCUGAGCAGGUUUAUAUCUCAUCCCUGGCCCUCCUGAAGAUGCUCAAGCACGGCAGGGCAGGUGUACCAAUGGAAGUGAUGGGUUUGAUGCUGGGUGAAUUCGUGGAUGACUACACGGUGCAGGUGAUUGAUGUAUUCGCCAUGCCCCAGACGGGAACCGGUGUAUCCGUAGAGGCUGUUGAUCCCGUCUUCCAGGCAAAAAUGUUGGAUAUGCUGAAACAAACAGGACGUCCGGAAAUGGUUGUGGGAUGGUACCAUUCGCAUCCGGGUUUCGGUUGCUGGCUCUCUGGUGUUGAUAUCAACACUCAGCAAUCCUUUGAGGCGCUCAGCGAGAGAGCCGUAGCUGUGGUCGUUGAUCCAAUUCAAUCCGUGAAGGGGAAAGUAGUCAUAGACGCUUUCCGGUUAAUUAAUCCCAAUAUGCUGGUACUGGGUCAGGAACCCAGACAAACUACAUCCAAUUUGGGACAUCUGCAGAAGCCCUCAGUGCAGGCUCUGAUUCACGGUCUCAAUCGCCACUACUACUCAAUCAGCAUAAACUACCGGAAGAAUGAACUUGAGCAGAAGAUGCUGCUCAAUCUGCACAAGAAGUCAUGGAUGGAUGGCCUUACACUAGCCAACUACCACGAUCACUGCGCCAUCAAUGAGACCACUGUGUCAGAAAUGCUGGAGCUGGCCAAAAAUUACAACAAGGCUCUGGAGGAUGAGGAAAAGAUGACCCCAGAACAGCUGGCAAUAAAGAAUGUCGGCAAGCAGGAUCCGAAGAGGCAUUUGGAGGAGAAAGUGGAGACUCUCAUGCAGAACAACAUUGUUCAGUGUCUGGGUGCUAUGCUGGACACGGUUGUCUUCAAGUGAUGCGCCAGCCUUCUCAUCCCCCCACAUCUCCGCAUCUUAGACUUAUUUUUUCUCUCCCUGUACUUGAAGCUUUUUUAAUUGGACACAAAUCACAGGAAAUUUCA